CUGUUCUUCACAGAGCUUUCCUUCACCUGCUCUCAUAAAGUCAUCGUGAUCUUCGCUGAUAAACACUCCCCCUUACAGCCACCAUAAAACCCGGCUCAAGCUGCGCAGUCAAGCCCCUUAUCAGGAGGCAUAUAAUGGCUUUGAAUCAAGUGAAUUGUAAUUUCCAUUGAUGGGUUGGUGUUAGUUUUCCAAAAGCUCACUCCCAUAUCAGUUUAGAGAGUCCAUUGAUUCUGAUUCCUAACCGGGUUUGAGGAGAUCAGGGAAGAAGAGGGAUGAUGGAUGAGAGGAAUGAUACUGAUAAAAUGGAUGAUGUCAUGCUGCCUGGCUUCAGGUUUCAUCCCACAGAUGAGGAGCUUGUGGGGUUCUACCUAAAGAGGAAGAUUCAGCAGAGGUCUCUGCCGAUUGAGCUGAUAAAGCAGGUGGAUAUCUACAAAUAUGAUCCAUGGGAUCUUCCAAAAGAGCUGGCGACCACAGGGGAGAAGGAGUGGUAUUUCUACUGCCCAAGAGACAGAAAAUACAGAAACAGUGCUAGACCCAACAGGGUGACUGGAGCUGGAUUUUGGAAGGCCACUGGCACUGACCGCCCCAUCUACUCCUCUGAUGGCACCAGGUGUAUUGGACUGAAGAAAUCCCUCGUCUUCUAUAGAGGCAGAGCUGCUAAAGGGAUCAAAACUGACUGGAUGAUGCAUGAGUUCAGGCUUCCUUCUCUUGGAGACUCAGCCCCACCCAAGAAGUUCUUGGAUAAAAGCCUUCCUCCAAAUGAUUCAUGGGCAAUUUGCAGGAUCUUCAAGAAAACCAACUCCAUGGCACAGAGGGCUCUCUCCCACUCUUGGGUCUCUCCCCCAUUUCCUGCAACGGCUAUGACAGCUGAUAUACUCUCCCAAGGUGCCCACUGCACACAGUUCAGUUCAGAGAACAUCUCUUGCACAACUGAAAAUGGAUCAUCCAUAGACUUAUGCUGCAAUAAUGAUUUACAGCAGGCUUCACCUGCUAGCUUCUCAGCUCUAGAUAUUCCCUCUUACAAAGCCAUUAACCCAGCUGCCUGCAAGCCAUCUAUGUUCCCCAUCCCAAAUGCAGGAGACCUCCAGAACAGCUCCAUGUUUUUGCCUCUUGAAGUUCCAGGAUCAUCCCCUGGGCUUUUGAAUCUUCCCCUGGGCUCCGACAGCAUCGACUUUGGAGGGCCACAGCAGCAAUUCAAUGGCUUCUCAAUCAGUUUACCAGAGGAACUGCAAGGAAACAUCCACACUGGAGAAGAAGACACAGGCUUCAGGAAGAGCGCAAGUGCAGGACAGGCUAAUAAUCCAUGUGGGAACAUUCGCUCUAUUGGAUUUCCUUUCAGCUUGCCUUCAAAUGUUGCUGAUCCAUGGAAGCUUAAUCUCCCAUGGGACUCUCCUCCAUGUCCCAGUGAGAUGUCCACAAGUUAUUCCACAAACAAAGGCUAUACAUAAUAACCAAAAUGCUGUGUUAGAAGGAAAAUGUUCUGUCCUGUUCUCCAAAGUGCUUCUUUGAAUUGCUUCUCAAAUCAAACUCAAUUGUAUGCAAUGUAUUUCUUUGUAUUUUAUCCAUUCGAAGAAGCAAAUCGGAAAAGCUGUCAUGAAGUCAUGGCAGUCUGUUUCCGGUCUACUGUACAGUUUCCUAUAUUUCAACCUCACAUGUUUGCUGUAUAUAUGGUUUGUUUCAAUUAUUCAAGC